UGUGUGUGUGUGUGCGUGCAUUUGGCUUUGUCUGUGUGUGUUUGGUUGUAUGUGGCUACGCUGGGUUGGCCUGGGUCUGGCUGUCUGUGUGUGGGUCUGCCCGUCUGUACCCCUCCUCCCCUCUACCCCCUCCGUAGCUCCAGGAGGCCAAGCAGAUGGAAAGGGAGAGGCCCCGGCAGCACUCCCAAGUCACCCAGGAACAGGAACCGGACUCACCCCAGCUCCAGCAGCACAUCUACCUCCCAGCCAAGGGCCCUCCCCGAGAGGCCAACGGCCCCACCACCCCCUCUACACCCACGCCCACCUCCACCCCCACCACUCCUACCCCAACCCAGGGGGCCACGGAGGAGGAGCAGGGGGAACAUGUGAUGGUGUAUGAGAGGCCAGACCCAGAAAACGGCUCUGAGUUCAGCACAGCAGAGAACCAUCAGACAGAGGCAGCAGCAGCACAGUGUGCUGCUCAGCGUGACCAAGAGACAGCAGUAGAGGAGGAGGAGCCUAACUAUGAGGAGAAAGCCCAGGAGAUUGUCCAGAGCAUCCUACAGGAAGUCGUCAACACCAUCGUUGGAGAUGCCAAGGAGCCCGCUGGCGAGACCAAGCAGCCCACAGAGAUUAUGGAACCCGCUGAGGUCAUCACAAAGGUAACAGAGGUCACAGAGGUGGCGGAAGACGAGGGGGCGCUGGGCAGCGACAGCGAGAAUGUCCAUGCCAACGGAAUCCCCGGCACGCCCAUCUCUGCCAGCUUCACCCCGUCGCUGCCCGACGACAGGCUGUCUGUCUGCUCCAAUGAUACACAGGUGAGAGGGAUUGACCUGCCUGUCACCACGGCAACACACUUUACUCUACAAAAGGAAAUAAAGGAAGAGUCUGAAAAGUUAAGUCCUCCUCCAGACAGGAAAUCAGAUUCCAGCACUCUUCCGCCAAUCAAAUCAAAGACCAACUUUGUAGAGGCCGACAAGUACUUCCUGCCAUUUGAGUUGGCAUGUCAGUCCAAAUGUCCCCGCAUCGUCAUCACAUCACUAGACUGUUUACAGAAGCUGAUAGCGUACGGCCACCUGACCGGCAGCGCUCCAGACAGCACGGCCCCUGGCAAGAAGCUCAUCGACAGGAUCAUCGAGACCAUCUGUGGCUGCUUCCAGGGACCACAGACAGAUGAGGGGGUGCAGCUACAGAUCAUUAAGGCCCUGUUGACGGCUGUGACCUCCCAGCACAUAGAGAUCCACGAGGGCACAGUGCUGCAGGCGGUCAGGACCUGCUACAACAUCUACCUAGCCAGCAAGAACCUCAUCAACCAGACCACGGCCAAGGCCACACUCACUCAGAUGCUCAAUGUCAUCUUUGCCCGCAUGGAGAACCAGGCACUUACAAAUCACAAGAUAUCUUGGUCUCUGGCCUCGAGAAAACGUGACCGCCAGGUAAAGACUACAGGACUGCCUUGACUUGCCUGAUCUGAACUCUGAACUCUUCUCUGUGUUCUCAUUCAGCUCCGUCCAUCAGUCCAUCCAUCCAUCUCUCUUUCUCCUCCUCUGUUCCAGCUAUGGGGCAGACGUGCAUUGUGGUUACGCUGUGCUUGCUGGGGCAGACGUGCAUUGUGGUUACGCUGUGCUUGCUGGUGCAGACGUGCAUUGUGGUUACGCUGUGCUU